GUCGAAAAGAAAAAGAAUUUCCUUGAAUCCUUAUCACUGACAAUCCAAUCCGAUUUCACCUGGUUGCUUGCUUCUGCUGCCAUGCCAUCUUCUCCCAACCAACCUGGGCUAAUCAGUCGCCAUCCAGCCAGCUCCUGUUAAAAAACAAAGAAGAACAAGAAGUAGAAGCAGUUCGUGUGCUUCUCUCAUUUGUUCCUUGAUAUAUUUGCUACGUCGUCAGAGAACUCGUGCAGAUAGCUUCUUUGGCUGAGUUGUUGGAGAUGGCGGAGGUGGCGCCGCCGGCGCCGGCGCCGGAGCCGACCAAGGACAUCGCCGAGGAGAGGGCCGCCGUGCCGGCGCCGGAGGAGUCGAAGGCCAUGACCGUCGUCGAUGAUGCUGAGAAAGCUGCAGCAACAGGUGGCUCACACGAAAGAGACGCUCUCCUGACGACGGUCGCCACGGAGAAGAGGAUAUCGCUGAUCAAGGCGUGGGAGGAGAACGAAAAGGCCAAGGCCGACAACAAGGCGGCCAAGAAGUUGGCCGACAUCGCCUCAUGGGAGAACUCCAAGGUGGCCGAGAUCGAGGCCGAGAUUAAGAAGUACCAAGAGUACCUGGAGAGGAAGAAGGCGGAGCAGGUGGAGAAGUUGAUGAACGGCGUGGCGAAGGUGCACAGGGCGGCGGAGGAGAAGCGAGCGGCGACGGAGGCGCGGCGAGGGGAGGAGGUGGUGAAGGCCGAGGAGGCCGCAGCAAAGUACCGCGCCAAGGGAGAGCCGCCCAAGAAGUUGCUCUUCGGUUGAAUCUCUUCUCGGUCAUCUCCAUUGAUCGUCGUCGUCGUCGUCGUUGUUGUAAAUGUGUGUGCGACAGUGUGAGUGUACCGGUGUCAAGUUCAGAUAGCUAGUGGUUGGAUGUAUUUUCUCAGUUGUUUGUUUUCGUUUAAUUUCAUGUACAGGGCAGCUAUUGCAGUCUCAUGUGAAAAAGGGAACAUUUAUUAUGUACAGACAUGAUGUUUUGGGGUCUUUAUUCGGAUUCGGCGGUGAAAUUGUAACAUUUUUGUGCCUGUGGUACUUGGCUAGUACUCAUGUAUAAGAGGCUUACCCAUUUGACAUUAUUAAAAUGUUGGUGCUGUUACGUA